CCCCCAUUGGCCUAGAAGGUUCUUCGACCGCCUCGACCUCCUCACGCUCGUGUCGGCCUGGCGCGCCAAGUGCGGGUGGCUGUACGCCCCUGGCAGUGGCUCUUGGUUUCUAGUGAAGCACCUUCGUGGAGUUCCGAUCCGAUCCGAUCCUCCCACUCGUGCCUCCGCUGUUUCGGCCCUGGCGUUCGUCAGGCCCCCAGUUGCCGUCGCUCGCGAGACGCCCGCAGCCAUGGCGCCCUGCUGCCCGCCGGAGGAGCCCGCCCGCUGCGCCAGCCCGCUCCACGCGGGCAGGCUGCUGGGCGCGAGGCUGCUGGAGCUGGGCCGGCUGCGCGCGAGCAGCGUGGAAGAGCUCUUCAUCAUCGAGGCUUCCCCGGCCACGAGGCGCGCGGCCAGCUCCAGGCGCGCGGUGUGGUCCAGCACGGGCGCCGCCCGGGGGGCGCCGCCGUCUGAGCCCUCGCCAGUGGGCGCGGCCCCUGAGGAGGCAGAGGAGGAAGUGGAUCCGAUCGUGGAGGCGGACCUGGCGCUCGAGGAUUUCGACGUCGAGCAGGAGGUGUCCUUGCGCGACCUUUGGGCGGUAUUGCCAGACCCGUGGGCUCCAGGUUCUGCGAAUGGCAGAAAGCUGAUGACCGCCCGCGCGAAGCAGUGCGUCAUCUGCAUGGAGGACAAGGAGCACACCCUGGUCCCGCCGCACAAGGGUUGCGGCGAGGGGAUGAACUUGGAGGGCCACCGCGUGUGCACGGACUGCUGGGAGGAGCUUCUUCAGCAUGAGUUGGACCGGCACUGGGACUGGCUGCACAGUCGCCAGGGACCACCGCCAGCCCUCACCUGCCCUGUCUGUCGUGCGGGAGUCAUGGCGCCAGACGCAUGGGACGUCGAGCUGGAUCUGCCAGAAGAGUGGGUCCAGCGCUCCGCGCCGCAUCCAUCUGGCUGCUUCUCACUGGACGACGCCUGCGUGACGCAGCCCGAGCCGUGCACACGAGCGGAUGAGUUUGGAGGGUCACCGCAUGUGCAUGGACUUCACGGAACGUCUGCAGCAUGAGUUGGACUAUGAUUGUUGGCUGCGCGGUCGCCUCGGACCACCUGUGGCCCUGCUCUGCCCAGUCUGCCGUGCGGAGGUCAUGGUGCUAGACGCGUAGGACGUCGAGCUGGGUCUGCCAGAAGAGUGGGUCCAUCGUUCCGCGCCGCACGCAGCUGGCUGCCCCCCCCCCACUGGGCGACGCCCCGGCGGCGUAACGCCGAGCCGUCGCAGAACUGGGCCUGCGCAGUUUGCAGGCUUAGCCGUCCUGGAGGGCGUCAGGCGCCGCGCCGCCGACUCCGCACCCGCCGCCGUGGGCUCUGGCGCCGUGGGGCCGGCCAGGAGUCGGUUGCCUGAAUGGUGGUGGCUCUGCUGCAGCGCCUACGUGAGUUGGCGGUGGAUCCGAAUCACGAUCGUAUGGCAGGCCAAGAGGGGGCCGUCCAGGAUGCGCUUCUGCUGGUCGGAUACGCACCAGUCUGAGGCCCGACCUACCGUUGUUCCCUGGGCCCCUACUAGAUCGUCGGCCAAAUUUGCGAAUUCGAGGCAUGAUUCUAGAAGCGCGUACCAUAAUGUAGAUGCGCGCAUUUUUAGACAACCUGCAUUUGUAUUCAUGUUUUGCAUACGUUGUCUUCACACUGACGAUUCUUGAACCUGGGACGUCAGAAUUAUAGAAGCUAACAGAAGCAGAGUCGGUGUUGCCAGGAGAGCAACCGUACGGUUUUGCGCUCGGCGUGCGGUCGAAACUAUUAUCUAAGAGUCACAGUGGCUCUUUCAGGAGUGCCGAAGAUAUGUUGUUCCGCUC